GGUGCUGUCAGUUUAAAAAAUCCUUAUAAUUGAUAUAAAUGCUAUUGCAAUUUUUAAAUGCUAUUGCAACUUAUUAAAUGCUAAUUGUUAAUAAAAAUGAAUAAGAAUGAUAUAUUUCCAACGUCGCGAGGUCGUCAGCGAGCGUUCGGAAGAGUCUACAAAACUUAUAGCAGAGGAAUUAGUGCUUCAAUUACCUGCUUUGAUGCCAUGAACAUUUUGUUCGCUAAAAAUCUAACCGAACGGAAGCUUAAGGGUGGAGGAAGAAAGCGAAAACAAAAAAUUCUAAUAAAAGAACUGCCGCAAAACGUAAAAAGUGCCCUUUCUAAUGAGUCAUUGGAUGUUAACAUCGACAAUACCUUCGACAGGCUUGUUAAAGGAGUUAAAUUUAAUGAGGUAAAUGUUAAAGAUACCGCCGGUAAUGUUGAUUCCUCGAGCGGUGAAAAAACAUCCUCUGCAGUUAGAAGUUUAAAUUUUGAUGUGCGUUCCCCAAUUCUCACAAGAUCCAAAUCUAGUCUGAAUAUAGCGAAAUCAAAUAGUUCAAAUGACACAAACUCCUGGUUCAAACAAAAGACUUUAUCGAAAAAUAGAAUAGACAAUAGUUUAGAGAUAGAAAAGGGAUUAACAGGUAUGUCUGUGAUAAAGCAAGUAUCGAUUCAAGAAAUUCCAAUUCAAUUAGCCAAUAGAGACGACACUCGCAUGCUAACAGAAACUGCCAAAGACACCGAAAGUCAUGAAUAUGAAGGAUCUCAAGUUACUCAAAAUGCCUCGUUUUUCUCCAAUUCUUGGAAGGAGAAGAUCCAUGCCAGUACUCCUUUAGUAUCAGUUAAUAAGAAGUAUGUGAUAAAACGGGAUAUUUCACCCACUAUACACAAGUACAAUGAGGUGGAAGAGUUGAUUGCGCAAUCUCUUCAAGAAAUAGAAGACUGGAAUUGUUCCUAUCCAACUCCUCAAGUGAGAAGUGCCAAUUUAGUUAGGUCUUAUAGCCUAAACAGUUUUUCGAGCUUAGCAUUUAAAGCGCACGAUAAGCAGCAUACUAGCAAUGAUGGUUUAGGCAGUCGAUGCAAUUUUGCAAGCCGAUCAUUAAGAAAGUUUGGCACCAAGUUAGAUGAUAGUGUACCAAACAGUAAACUGUUUAACAGUCGGAGUUAUUCUUUAAACGAAUUUGAAAAUUUCGAAAAAAAAAUAACCCAAACCAACGCCACAAAUGAUACAUAUCCAGUAACCGAGCAAACUAGGUCGUUUUGUUUGAAAAAGUUUGAGGAGUUUCAAGAGAAAUACAAAGACCUACCAAAUUUUCAAUAUGGGGGCGAGUCUAAUGAGUUCUCUAGGAAUACCUGCGUGACAAGGAGGAGAUCGUUCAGAAAGAGGCAACUUCUUUCUGUGAAUGAAAAGUUUAACAUGAAAAAUUUGAUAGUUGUUAUGGACGACAUUUUACUUACAAACAAAACGGCUGAUUUAAAAAAAAAAAGUAAAAUCAAAAAUGGAACUCAACAGUUAAAACCGCUAGUUGUGAAAUUGGUCCAAAUGUCUUUGAAUGACUUAGGAAAAUGCACCUCUCCCAAGGGAUCCUUGACCGAUUUACAAAGUGAAAAAUGGAACCCUCAAGCUAGAGAAGUUUCAGUAAAUUUAACAAAGUCGUCAACUGAUGAAAUUAAUGAAUGUGAAGGGAGAUUUUCUCAAAGGGGGGAAGAAGAAAAAUCUGAUUGUCCUGACCCUAGCCGAUCGACACGCAACAAGCGGUCUAGCGCGAAAAUCGACCCCAAUUGUACCACCCCAUCAAGGAACAGUUCGCGUUCCUCUUCGGUUGGUCGCAAAGAAUUGGUAGUGAGUUUGAUAAACCACAGAACAAAUUGUUCGAAUCUCGACUGCGGGUCGUGUUUUAACGAUUCCUUCGACAGCAGUUCCGAAUUCGAGGGCUUCCCCGGCGCAUCCACCACAUCAGACAAAUCGAGGCGCGAUUUCGUCAAAAGUGUAUUCGUCGAUCUAGCGACCAAUCGCGAUUUUCUGGGCGCCGACACUUUGCAGACGGACAUUGUAAAUUUUAACGCGGAGGUUUUACGAAGCGCGCAAGCCCCGCCCACAAUGAAUUGGAACCCGGGGAUAUUUUUUGACUCGACCAAUUCGCUCUCGGAGGGAUUGAAACUUUCAGACAACGAAUUUAACAAGUACCGGAAAAGUACCUCCAUGACUGACAUAUCGAAAUCUUUCGACCAGCGCAAAGUAAAGUCCACAUGGGAGCCCUUAUACAAAUCCAAGUUCGAAAAUAGUGCGAGUAUGUACUCCAACGACAAAAAAUUAGCUUUAAGUGUAACGGAGAAUGAGGGCGACCAGAAAACGGUGACUGCCAGAGACAGAAAAACUGAGCUGGAUAUAACUGAAGAAAGCGACAAGGAAAAUCAGUGCCCCAAGGGGAUGGCUAAAGGUGUAGGUUGGCCGAAUUCUUCGAGGACGCCACUGAAAACUCCGCUGUCCGAAUCUUGCAACGUUACCAACUUGACGGACGUUUUCAAACACUCGGAACUCGAGGACGAUUUCAAGUUGCCGUUGCCGCUGGACUCUUUCAGCUUUGUAACCUUGAGAGCGGGAAAACUAUGGCGAAAGUCCCUGCGAGAUCAUCGGAGGUAUAGCGUGUUGAAUUCUAAAAGCCCCGCCCCCGUUUCGCAGAGGCGGCAAUCGAUGAGAAUAGUGCCGGUGGUGAGCAACGUAACCAGCAGGAAAACCUCGAUCCUGCAGGACUACGCCAAAACCAUUUUGACUGAAGAUUCGGAAGUUGACGCUAGCGUGAGACCGCAAUCCCCCCUAAUAAUUACCGCAAUAACUGCCAAGGAUUUAGUGUUGCAAAAAUGCCGGCAAAGCGAACCAAUGCCGUUUGAAAAAUGCUACCCGGAAAGCUUGCUGCGCGAUUGUAGAAAAAUAGGCGAGGGCGCAUACGGCGAAGUGUUCUUGUACCGAAACCCGGACGGAUCGUCGACGGUAAUGAAAGUGAUACCGAUAGAGGGAGCCACGGAGAUCAAUGGCGACCGACAGAAGAAAUUCGACGAGAUUCUAUCGGAAAUCGUAAUCUCAUCCGAGUUGUCGGGGCUACGUCAGGGCGUGGUCAAUCAGAGUUCGGCGUUUGCCGAAGUGAAACGGAUAUGCUGCGUGUACGGCAAGUACCCGGAACGUUUGCUCGCCUUGUGGGACGAGUUCGACGUGGAGAAAGGUUCGGAGAACGAUCGGCCCGAAAUGUUCGACGAAAGUCAGCUGUACAUCGUUCUCGAUUUGGCGAACGCAGGCGCAGACCUUGAAGCGUUCCAGUUCAACAACGCGGCGCAGGCGCUGUCGAUGGUCCGACAGGUGGCGUGCGCUUUGGCCGUCGCCGAGCAACGGUUAAAAUUCGAACAUCGCGACUUGCACUGGGGCAAUGUGCUGCUAGAGGGCGUCAGCAGGAACACGAAACUGUCCUACAAGCUGAAAGACAAGCGGAACGAGAUUCAGACGAGAGGUGUCCGCGCCACCAUCAUCGAUUUCACGCUCUCAAGGAUCGAACACGACGGCGUGGUGAUAUAUAACGAUUUGGGGCAGGACCCGGAGCUCUUCGUCGCCCAAGGUGAUUACCAGUUCGAAGUUUACAGACUGAUGCGGAGGCGGAACGGCAAUGACUGGGAAAAGUUCGAGCCGUAUUCCAACACGCUGUGGCUCCAUUACAUCGUCGAUAAAUCGAUCACUGCCUUAAGGUACAAAAACGUCAACACGAAAGUACAUAAGGAUAACAUUGACAAGUUAAAAGAGAUACGCGACACGAUAUUGGAUUACGAUUGCGCAACAAAUUUUAUAGAGUCGUUGUUUUAAUUUUUGCAUUUCAUAUGUAUUUUUAAAAUUUU